UAUUAGAUGAAAUACAUUGAACUGAGAAUCAAAAUAAAUUAAAAUAAGCCGAAUAAAAAUUAAAAUGACAAUAUUCCAUCCGAAUGAAGUAGAAUAAGACUAGCAAGUAAAGAAAACAAAAAUAUUUGAUUGCGAAGGAGAAGGAAGUAAGGAAAAGAAAAAAUAUGAUAAUAUAAUUGUCAAUUUGGCAUGGAGGAUAAUUAAAAGAAAGAUGGGGAUAUCAGCGUCAAAGCGAGUGAACAAGAGUCUACACAACACGGAUCAAUUCGACUCAGCAUGUGACUCAGUUUUCUCUCACUGUCUUUCUCUAACACAUCACGCCUUCCAAGGAGUUUUACCUUACCAACUCAAAACUGCUUCCGAUCAAAUCCACACCAUCCUCUCCGACAUCAACAAUCCACAUCCACUCAUCCACAAGUGGGUCCCCACACCACCCGAUCGCACUCAAGUUGACUCCGCUCUCCGUCUUGUCUCUCCUCCCGAUCACCACCACGACGACGCCCUCCGACUCCCUCUCUUCAAGGAUUGGGCUUGCCAACUCUACACCGACGCCGUGUUGUCCUCCGCCACUAAAGCGCUUCUCCUACGUGUUCCCAUUGGUGUCGCCGGAAUUGUUGGAAUCGGUGCUGUUGCUCGCCCUGCUCCGGCUCUGCUUGGGACCUUCGUUGGAGCUUACUCCCUUGGUGUUGCCCUCUCUAUUUUUCUUGGUUUAUCCGCAUAAAUAAACCAUUUCUAUUUCUUAAUAUUUAAAACUCACAUUAUUAAUUUUGAAAUUCACAAAUUUCUAUAAUUCAGUACUCUUUUUGCUUUUUGAGUGUGUUACUGUAUUGUAGUUUAAUUAAUUGCAUUACUAUUACUUCUAUAAACCUUAUAUCAAUUAUUCAUACUGUCCGAAUCUGAUA